UUGUCGUUUUAAGAUUUCUGUCCCUCAAACCGAGGUGGUUCGUUUCAUUCUCAUUUUGCUUACUCUUCUUCACUCUUUUCUCUUUCACAACCACUUGCGAAGAAACAUCAACAUGGGUUUCUUCAACUGUGUCCAUUUGUUCAUCAUUUUGCAUGUCUUUGCUGCAACUUCCAUCUUCUCAUUAACAGAUUCUUCCUCCAAAUCAAACCAACUCUUCACUAACUUUCUAGACAUUGCCAAGAAGCAUGAGGUUUUUGAUUGGAUGGUGAAAAUCAGAAGGAAGAUUCAUGAGAAUCCAGAAUUGGGUUAUGAGGAAUUUGAGACAAGUGAACUGAUAAGAGCAGAAUUGGAUAAAAUGGGUAUCCCAUAUAAACACCCAGUUGCAGUCACAGGUGUUAUUGGCUUCAUAGGAACAGGAAGUUCGCCUUUUGUUGCAAUCAGAGCUGAUAUGGAUGCUCUUGCCAUGCAGGAAUUGGUGGAGUGGGAGCACAAGAGUAGAGUACCUGGAAAGAUGCACGCAUGUGGUCAUGAUGCUCAUGUUACCAUGCUUCUUGGUGCUGCAAAGAUUCUCAAAGAGCAUGAAAAAGAGAUACAAGGAACUGUUGUUCUUGUUUUCCAACCAGCAGAGGAAGGAGGUGGAGGGGCUAAGAGAAUAUUAGAUGCUGGAGUCAUAGAAAAUGUUACUGCUAUCUUUGGAUUGCAUGUGGCACCUAACUUUCCAAUAGGUGAAGUGGCGUCAAGGUCUGGUCCAAUAUUGGCAGGAAGUGGCUUCUUUGAAGCAAUAAUAAGUGGAAAGGGAGGUCAUGCAGCUAUUCCUCAACAUUCUAUUGACCCUAUAUUGGCAGCUUCUAAUGUGAUAGUUAGCUUACAACAUCUUGUUUCUCGUGAGGCUGAUCCUCUGGACUCACAGGUGGUGACGGUAGCAAAAUUCCAGGGAGGUGGCGCAUUCAAUGUUAUUCCUGAUUCUGUCACAAUUGGUGGCACCUUCCGUGCUUUUUCAAAAGAAAGCUUCAAGCAAUUAAGACAGCGCAUUGAGCAGGUUGUGACUGGGCAAGCUUCUGUGCAUAGGUGCAAUGCAACUGUCAACUUCUUUGAUGAAGAGAAACCUUUCUUUCCUGCAACCAUAAAUGAUGGUAACUUGCACCAGCAUUUUCGAAAUGUUGCAGGGAGUUUGCUUGGCAUCAAUAAAGUUAAUGACAUGCAACCAUUGAUGGGAGCUGAAGACUUUUCAUUCUAUCAAGAGGUUAUGCCUGGUUACUUCUUCAUGCUUGGAACAAAGAAUGCCUUACAUGAACGGUUUGAGUCAGUACACUCACCCUAUUUCAAGUUCAACGAAGAAGCACUUCCUUAUGGGGCUGCACUUCAUGCAUCAUUAGCUGCUAGUUAUGUUCUAAAGUAUCAGCAGGACGUAUCCGUGGUAGAGGGGAGAUAUGAUGAACUAUAAGUUAUAACACUGUUAAUAUUUAAUCAAAAGGCAAUGUUGUCUUAUUAUUUCUUGCUGCAAUGACCUGAUAUAUGCAUUGUUUUACUUGACACAUAGUAAAACAAUAUUGCACCUAUAAAAUCAUUUG